GAGCAUAUUUCUGUAUUUAUAAAUGAUCCAAAAGAACAAUGAAAAAAAAAAUCACUACAAAUAAAGACACUAUCUGCACUAUGUAGCAAUUGAGAAUGGAAAAUUUGGGAGAUGAUGUUUUAGCUUCGAUAAUGAGUAGGGUUCACGACUCUGCCUGUAGAAGAUCCAUUUCUCAAGUUUGUAAGCAGUGGCUCAAAAUUGAAGGCAUAACUCGAUCAUCUGUACGUGUUUUUGAACCCAAUCUUUUGCUUAAUUUCCUUCCAAGAUUCCCAAAUUUGCUAAAAUUUGAUACAUCUGAAGAAAUCACGAACACCCAUCUUGAAAUUUUAGCUGAAAAAUGUCCCAGGAUCCAAAUUCUUAACCUUAAUUUCAAGAAAAAGAGCAAAUUUUAUGAUGAAAGGGAUGAAAGUUUAAUCUUGGAUGAUUUUGAUGAAAAUGGUUUGUGUUUCAUCGCAAUGGGUUGUUCUCAUCUCAAUACAGUUUCUUUGAGAAAGAGAAGUGGAGUUGGGGAUGCUGGGGUUGUUUCUCUUGUUAGCUUUUUGCCUAAGUUGAUACAUUUAGACAUAAGUUUUUGUGACAAGGUUAGUGAUGAAGCACUUAGAGUUAUUGGAAAUGUUAGCUCUUUGAAGUACUUGAAUCUACAGGGGUGUUGGUUGGUAUCUGAUGCGGGUUUGAAAUCAUUAACAGGAGGACCUCUUAGGAUGACCUUGAAGAAACUAAUUCUUGCUGAAUGUGAUAGGAUUACGGAUUGUGGGGUGUUGAGUUUGAUGCAAUUAUGUUGCUUGGAGGAAUUGGAUUUGGCAGAAUGUGGACCGAAUGUGACUGAUUUAGCUGGUGAGGCUAUUGCUUCAAGUGAGAGUUUUAAGAGGUUGAACUUGUCAUGGCUUGUAAAUGUGUCUGAUGCUACUGUUGUUGCUCUAGCUGAAGGUUGCAAGAAUCUGGAUGCUCUUAAUUUAACUGGCUGUGAAUUUGUCACUGGUGAAGGCGUCCGUACUUUGACAAAGCAUGGGUCAUUGAAAGAGCUCAUUUUGACUAGUUGUGAAAAGCUUAGUGGAUAUGAUUUGGAAGAGUUGGUACUAGGAUGUCAAACAUUAGAAUACAUUGUGGUUGACAAAAGAUUAAGGAUGUGGGUACCUAUGGAAGUGCAGGAUAGUAUCAUGAGAGAACACUGUUGGAUAGAUUGGAAAUAACAGGUGAAAGGGGAGUUGAAUGUCUCGUUUCGAAUGGAUUAAUAUGUUUUCAGUGUCCUCUCUCAUUUAUGGAUACCUCUUAGCAGUUAUAACCCGGGUCUUUCAUUCACAGUUCCCCAUCAUUACCUCAGCCUCCUAGUUGAUAUUAUCCUUUCGAUUACUGUUAAUUGGAUCAAACAGCACAAAUGCAUCCAACGGAACUCUGAUGGUAAAAUCGAAAUCUUCAGAGACCCAAUUGGAAGUUUAUAGAAUGGCAAUGGUGUAUUCAUCUUUUUCAAUUCGAGCUUUUGGUUCACUUCUCUGUAGAUUCUCAAAUGGGGUUUAUCAUAUACCCCACCAUUCUUGUUCUCUCAAAUGUGUUUUUUUGUUGACUGAGAAUUUUUCGUCUUCUUCAUGGCAUUCAUCUGCUGAUAUACGACUCUUGCCUUUGGAACUUCAGUCUAGAAAUUCAAUGAGAAAGAUUUGGACUUUUUCUCCUCUCUGUAUGGGCAGGCGCUCCUGCAAAAUUGCUGGAAGAGAGUUAUGGAUUAGGGUUGAAGGUUAUUAUGUGGCCAUGCAAUGUCUAGUUCCCUUACCAGUAUUGGUUGAGCUCAAGCAUACCUCAAGUCUAUAUAAUAGCAAUGGUGUAUUCAUCUUCUUCAAUUCGAGCUUUUGGUUCACUGCUCUGCAAAUUCUCAAAUGGGGUUCAUCUUAAACCCCACCAUUCUUGCACUCUCAGAGGUGUUUUUUUGUUGAGUGGGAAUUUUUCGUCUUCUGAUAAACGGGUCUUGCCUUUGGAACUUCAGUAUAGAAAUUCAGUGAGAAAAAUAUGGACUUUCUCUCCUCUCUGUAUGGGCAGGCGCUCCUGCAAAAUUGCUGGAAGUAAGGUGCCAGCCGUCAGAAGCCAAAGUAGAGGAAGACUCGGCUAGUUUGUCUUCAGUUGUACGUUGCUAUGGUGGAUAAAGGUUUGAACUGUUGAACAAUGAUGACGGACGGUGCAGCAGUAGUUUGCAAAAUCUGGCAUUUGCUAUUUAUUGCUUGUUGUUGCUACUUGGAACAAGUGCAUUUUUCUGUGCUCGAAAUAUUGGGCACUGCAAAAUAGUACUCAGUUUUGAGAACUAUUGCCUCGCCUAAGUGUGUAGGGGGAUGGCUUCGAUAAAAUAGGAUGUAUGAAUAACAAAGGCAUUUUGACAAUUCAGAGUAUGAAAUCUCUCACCAGGUUAAUAGCAGUUUCCCUAGAAUCUUGCGUUAUAUGUGACUCAGGUUAGAGUAGAAGUAUGGAGGAGUAUUAUGUCACCAACAAGGUGCAGACAGAAUUGAGCCAGAAGUUUCUACUGCUAAAUUUGUCCGCUCACCGAAUGCACAAUGGGAGAGAAUGUAAAAGGACAUCUCUACAGUGAUUGCAACAAUACUUUGAUGCCUUCAAGACAGAUAUCUAUCCAUUAAAAUUGUUCGGAAAAAUUCAGUCGAUGGCUUGGAUGUACUGUUGUAAGCUUAAAUGAUUUCCGUGAUUGCCUAGUGAACAAUACUGGGACCUUCAGUUGAUUUCUGUGAAACAUUUUCUGUUGUAUGUUAACAUUGGUCUUAGUUUUAUUUAUAUAUUCCAGUUAUCAUUUAUUUCCUAG